AUGCAACAAUGGGCCAGGUUUGCAAUCCUUGGGGCCAUGUUAGUCACCGCAUAUUUGCUCAUUUUGGCUUGGCAAAAAGACUAUGGUCAUGACAAUACAUCGAAGGCUGCGACACCGCAGGCUGUUGUAGCGCAUGAUGUGUCUGCCGAUCUGCCAAAAGGUCAAGCAACUGCGGCCACUAGCGAUGUUCCACAAGCAAAUAUAGCUGCUGCACAACAGAAUACAGCUGCACCAGCCACAGCAAAUCAACAAUUGAUUUCAGUACAAACUGACCUUUAUCAUCUUUGGAUUAGUCCUAAAGGUGGUGAUAUUGUUCGUAUUGAAUUACUGAAUCAUGACAAGAGCAAAGACAGUGAUCAGCCUUUUGUUAUGCUUGAAAGUGAUGCAAAACGUACCUAUGUUGCGCAAUCUGGGUUAAUUGGAUUGAAUGGUCCGGACAGUAAGCCAGAUCGUCCAAACUAUGCGUUUGAAAAAACUGCUUAUACUAUUGCAGAUGCCAAAGCAGCCAAAGACAAAGAUGGAAAAACAUCGCAAGUUUUAGCUGUACCAAUGGUAUUUAAAACAGCAGAUGGCGUUGAAAUCAUCAAAACAUUUACCUUUAAACAAGGUCAAUAUCCAAUCGAUGUGAGCUAUCAGGUUGUCAACCGUAGUGCGCAAAAUUGGCAAGGACAAAUGUUUGGUCAAAUUAAGCGUGAUAACUCAGAUGAUCCAGGAAAAACCUCUCAAGGGAUUUUUACACUUGGAACAUAUUUGGGUGGCGCUUGGGGUACACCUGAUGAGCAUUAUAACAAGCUAAAAUUUGCAAAUUUUACUGAUGAAAAACUCAACACUGAAGCAAAAGGCGGAUGGGUUGCGAUUGUUCAGCAUUAUUUUGUAAGUGCUUGGAUGCCUGGUCAUUUUGGCGGUCAAGAAUACACAGCAAAAUUGGAAUCUCGUAAAUCUGCAGAUGGUAUGAAUAUCAUCGGAUUUACUUCUCCAACCAUCAAUGUUCCAGCUGGAAAAGCAAUGAGCAUUGAUGCAACGUUCUACUCAGGUCCAAAAAUUCAAUCUGAAUUAAAAGACUUGGCUGUUGGUUUAAACCAAACUGUAGACUAUGGUUGGUUAUGGCCAAUUGCAAAAUUAUUAUUUGCUGGUUUACAGUUCUUCCAUAAUCUUGUAGGUAACUGGGGCUGGUCAAUUAUCUUAUUGACUGUAUUGGUUAAGCUUAUUCUUUGGCCUUUGUCGUCUAAGAGCUAUCGCUCUAUGGCGAAAAUGCGUGUGAUUGCACCUGAAAUGCAACGCAUGAAAGAAGAGUUUGGUGAAGACCGCAUGCGUUUCUCACAAGAAAUGAUGGCGCUUUACAAACGUGAGCAAGUCAAUCCACUUGCGGGUUGUUUACCAUUGUUGUUGCAAAUGCCAAUCUUCUUAGCAUUGUAUUGGGUAUUGAUGGAAUCUGUAGAGCUUCGUCAUGCACCAUGGAUGCUUUGGAUUCAAGAUUUAUCUGCAAUGGAUCCUUGGUUUAUACUGCCGUUGAUCAUGGGUGUAACGAUGUUUGUUCAACAAAUGUUGAACCCACAACCUACUGAUCCAAUGCAAGCUAAAGUCUUCAAAAUCAUGCCGAUCAUGUUUACAGUAUUUAUGCUGUUCUUCCCUUCUGGCUUGGUUUUAUACUGGAUUGUGAACAACUCGAUCACGAUUCUGCAACAAUGGUUUAUCAACAAAAAUGUUGCUAAAGCCAAAGUCGCAAGCGAAGUGAUGAGUAACCCUGUAAGCCAAACCACAAUUGCAGCAAUUGCGACUCCACCUGGACGUGGUGGUGUAGGUGUGAUUCGUCUAUCUGGUCCUAAGGCUUAUGCGAUUGCACAAGCUUUAACUCAAAAAGCGCUUCCCCAAGCGCGCUUUGCUGGCUUUCGUCAGUUUUUUGAUGAAAAAGGUGAAGUGAUGGAUGAGGGGCUAGCAAUUUGCUUUCCAAAUCCAAACUCGUUUACGGGUGAAGAUGUGGUGGAAUUGCAGGGACAUGGUGGUCCUGUAAUUCAAAAUGCACUUCUUGCACGAUUGUUCGAGCUGGGUGCUAUUGCCGCCAAAGCAGGCGAGUUUUCCAUGCGAGCCUUUGAAAAUGGCAAAAUGGACUUGGUUCAAGCUGAAGCGAUUGCAGAUUUAAUUGAUGCAACUUCACAAGCCGCUGCGCGUUCUGCAGUACGUUCUUUGCAAGGUGCAUUUUCCAAUAAAGUGAAUACUGUAUUGGAAAAACUGAUUCAUUUACGUUUGCAUGUUGAAGCGGCGAUUGAUUUUCCUGAAGAGGAAAUCGACUUUUUGGCAGAUGGAAAAAUUCUUCAUCUACUUGAAGAUGUGCAGGCUUCAGUCUCUGCUGUACAACACUCUGCGCGUCAGGGGCAGUUAUUACGUGAAGGUCUGCAAGUGGUGAUUGCAGGUAAGCCCAAUGCGGGUAAAUCUUCGUUAUUGAAUGCCUUGGCGGGAAAUGACCGUGCCAUUGUUACGGAUAUUGCAGGAACGACGCGUGAUGUACUGCAUGAGAAAAUUACUUUAAAUGGCUUGCCUAUCACACUGACCGAUACUGCGGGCUUACGUGAAACAGGUGAUGUGGUCGAAAAAGAAGGCAUUCGCCGAGCAAUCAAAGAAAUUGAGCAAGCGGAUUUAUUACUUUUGGUUUAUGACCUCAGCCAAGGUGAAAAUCCUUUAGCACUUGCUCAGCGCUAUUUUGAAGAUCAUUUAGAAACUAAACGCUUGAUGUUGAUUGGUAACAAAUGUGAUUUAACUGCGCAAUCACCUGAAUUAAGUGAUUUUCAAGGUUUUCGCCAUAUUAGCGUGUCGGCCAAACAGGAAAUGGGCGUACAAGCGCUUAUAGAUGCGAUUACAGCGCAUGCUGGCUUCCAUCCUGAAGAAGAUACCUUUAUUGCACGGACACGCCAUUUAGACGCAAUGAAGCGUACUCAGCACUAUCUUACAGAAGCACAUGAGCAACUUGAGGUCUAUCAUGCGGGUGAACUGGUCGCUGAAUCGUUACGUUUAGCACAGAAUGCCUUAGCUGAGAUCACAGGCGAUUUUAGUGCAGAUGAUCUAUUAGGGGUAAUUUUUGGCUCGUUCUGUAUUGGAAAGUAA